AUGUCCGACAAUUUCCAGAUAUGCUUCGUUCGCAAAGUCCCAGCUGAGCUGGACGCUUCUGCUGUCGGUUUUGCCAUAAAGGAACGUCGUAGCAACGGUCCUGGCGAGGAUCGCCUAGCUCUGGCUAGGUCGCGUCUCUGGCAGACCGGUCGCGAGCUACGCAUCCGCUUUCUCGACGGCUCGCCAUCCAUCCAAGGCCGCAUCCGCGCUUGUGCCGACGAGUGGCAGCGCUAUGCUAACAUCAAGUUCAACUGGGUGGACUCUGGCGAAGCCGACAUCCGCAUCUCCGUUGGUGACGGCGGCGGAUCCUGGUCAUACGUGGGCACCGACAAUGGUGUUAUUUCUCAGAGCGACAAGACAAUGAACCUGGGCUGGCUGAAUGACGAUACGGAAGACAGGGAGGUUAGCCGUGUUGUGCUGCACGAGUUCGGCCACGCCCUUGGCUGCCACCACGAGCAUCAAUCCCCAGCCGCGGGUAUUAAGUGGAACGAGCAGGUUGCGUUUCAAUACUACAUGGACAAGAACGGCUGGACAGAGGAGCAGGUCCGCACUAACAUCCUCAACCUGUUCCCUGAAGAUGAGACCAAUUUCUCUGCUUUCGACCCACUUUCCAUUAUGCUAUACUCUUUCCCAGCAGAGCUGACCCUUGACGGAAGCUCGACCGAGUGGAACACCAGCCUCUCCGAGACAGAUAAGGGGUUUAUGAGCAGAACAUACCCUAUCGAAGGCGAUAUGCUCGACGGCUUCAACACUACCGAGAUACAGUCGCCGCCCAUGACGUCUCAGGAGCUCACGAAGCGUGCCAACUUCAGCUUCCCGACACCCCCUGUGUUGGCCGUAGGUCUGAAUCACCUCGACGUCGACAAUGGACACAACGUUCGUGUUCGUGCCGUCGCCGAGCAAAUCUUGAGAAACACGGCCGAGGUGCACCUGAGCCAGUGGGGCGAUACCAAGGCUUACUCUCUCGGAUGUGCCUGGGCGACCUAUGCCGCUGAUGACUCCAAUAUCCAGGUUGGGGAGUUUUCUACGACCGAUGACCAUUCAUGGUGGGAGCCAAAGCCGGACACAGUGCGGCAUAUUAGCUUCCCGCACGCCUGGGAAUCUGGACCGCCACGGGUUGUUGUAUGGUACAGAAUGAUCGACCUUGACAGCAACAAAACCUAUUGGCACACUGAGACAAGAGUGGAAAAUGUCACGGCUGAGGGUUUUGACAUCUUCAUCUCGUCAUACGGUGAUUCUGUACUCUACAGUGGCACAGCGGUCUGGUUAGCCCAUCAACAAAACAGAGAGGGUCUGGUGAGCGGUACCUUUAGCACUACAGACGUUCGCAUCGAUAGGCAUCCGGCUUUGGAGACGCAAGGUCACGUUGAACUGCCUGCUGGUUCGUUCCAGGACCCUCCAAAGGUUUAUGUCGCUUUGAGAGGGUUCAAGGUCAGCACAGAGACCAACUUGCGCCUGAAAGUGAACGUUAACAAUGUCACCGCUACAGGAUUUGAUUGGCAUAUUGAUGGAUGGGCCGACUCGCUCAUCUUUUCGGGUACAGCUGAUUAUGUCUGCUUUGCUUGA